AUGGUGGUGCCUAUGAUUGGGUACCCCGCUGUUCUGGAGAAUUGCCUCAAGCAGCUGCAGGCGCUCUACGAGCUGCUGGUGCUCACUCGCCAUGGUACGUUUGGCUUGCUCCAGCUGGUGGAUGUACUCCGUGGCCUUGCUCAAGACGAUGCCGUUGCUUACUUGGGGCGCGGCUUGGCGAGCCGCGCCGUCAGACUGGCUGUCCGCCUGCGCUUGACUCCGCUAUCAGACGCGCUGGAGUCAGCCCCAGCUCUGCUCACGACUUUUAGCGGAGCACGAGGCGUAUCCAGUGCCUAUCUGGGCACGGCAGGAAGCGAACAAAUGCCCAACGAGACAUUCUUACGGGCAUUACCCGAUGAAUCAAUAUGCAGAGCAUCUCUGCUAGCCACGGUGGGCUUAGCUUGCGGGCGUCCCAUCGAGAUUUUGGCCGUCAUCACACGGAUAUCGGCCCACUUCAUCAGACGGGAGAAUAGCACCGUCACCGUGCACUUGACUUGUCGCUACGGCUACUUGACGAGCCCUGCAAUCAGCGAUUCAUGGAGGACAGUAGUUUGCAAUUCUAGCCAUAAGAGCUUGGCAUGGACGAUCAAGUAUCGCAAAACGAUGCAGACAUGUGUACUGCCGCAGAGUCCUAGGUUGGCAAUUCGGUCGCCUAACAUGCGCGAGAUUAUUCACGUCCAGGUCGGCCAAUGCGGCAACCAAAUUGGCACCGCGUUCUGGCAAACCAUUUCUGGCGAGCACGGCCUCGAUAGCAAUGGUGUUUACAACGGCAGCUCCGAGCUUCAGCUCCAGCGUAUAAGCGUCUACUUUAACGAAGCUACCGACAACAAGUAUGUCCCUCGAGCUGUCCUCGUCGAUCUUGAACCUGGUACUAUGGAUGCCGUUCGUGCGGGACCUUUCGGUCAGCUCUUCCGGCCGGAUAACUUUGUCUUUGGCCAGUCUGGUGCUGGUAACAACUGGGCUAAGGGCCACUACACUGAGGGUGCUGAGCUCGUUGACCAAGUCCUAGAUGUCGUCCGUCGUGAGGCCGAGGCUAGCGACUCCCUCCAAGGCUUCCAAAUCACCCACUCACUCGGUGGUGGUACCGGUGCUGGUAUGGGCACCUUGCUCAUCUCCAAGAUUCGCGAAGAAUUCCCCGACCGAAUGAUGGCCACUUUCUCCGUCGUUCCCUCUCCCGGCAAUUCCGACACUGUUGUCGAGCCUUACAAUGCCACUCUAUCCAUCCAUCAGCUGGUUGAGAACUCAGAUGAGACCUUCUGCAUCGACAACCAAGCCUUGUUCGAUAUCUGUAGGCAUACCUUGAAACUGUCUAAUCCCUCUUACGGUGACUUGAACCAUCUCGUCUCCGCCGUCAUGUCCGGCGUUACUACUUGCCUCCGUUUUCCCGGCCAGCUGAACUCGGACCUCCGUAAGCUGGCUGUCAAUAUGGUGCCAUUUCCUCGUCUGCAUUUUUUCAUGGUCGGCUUCUCUCCGCUAACUAGCCGCGGCGCUCACUCUUUCCGCGCCGUAAGCGUUCCCGAGCUGACCCAGCAAAUAUUCGACCCGAAGAACAUGAUGGCAGCUUCGGACUUCCGCAACGGCCGAUACUUGACUUGCUCUGCUAUUUUCCGGGGGAACGUGUCUAUGAAGGAGGUGGAGGACCAGAUGCGUAACGUGCAAAUUAAGAACUCGUCUUACUUCGUUGAGUGGGUACCAAACAACAUUCAGACCGCGCUCUGCGCUGUACCCCCCCGCGGUUUGAAGAUGUCCGCUACCUUUAUUGGUAAUUCCACAACCAUUCAGGAUCUGUUCAAACGCGUCGGCGAUCAGUUCUCUGCCAUGUUCCGACGCAAGGCGUUUCUGCACUGGUACACUGGCGAGGGCAUGGAUGAGAUGGAGUUCACUGAGGCUGAAUCCAAUAUGAGCGACCUGAUCUCCGAGUACCAGCAGUACCAGGAAGCCGGUAUCGACAAUGGGGAAGAGGAGUACGAGGAGGAGCUCCAUCUUGAUGCUCAGGAGUAG